GGAAGGCUUAGGCGGGCGUCCCAGCCUCCGGGCUUCCGGUGCCGUUUCCCGGUUCGCUCGGCCGCGGUCGCUAUGGAGGAGCCAGAGAUGCAGCUCAAGGGGAAGAAAGUCACGGACAAGUUCACUGAGAGCGUCUACGUCCUGGCCAACGAGCCGUCCGUGGCCCUGUACCGGCUGCAGGAGCAUGUGCGUCGCUCCCUCCCCGAGCUGGCCCAGCACAAGGCAGACAUGCAGCGUUGGGAGGAGCAGAGCCAGGGAGCCAUCUACACUGUGGAGUACGCCUGCAGCGCCGUGAAGAACCUGGUGGACAGCAGCGUCUACUUCCGCAGCGUGGAGGGUCUGCUCAAACAGGCCAUCAGCAUCCGGGACCAUAUGAAUGCCAGUGCCCAGGGCCACAGCCCGGAGGAACCACCCCCGCCCUCCUCAGCCUGAUCCUGGAAGAGACUCGGGGCCCCCUAGCCUCCGCCAACCCAGGCCAUAGGCCCCAUGCUAGUCCCAGAGAUUUCCACCCCCCAAGACAGAGAAGGGAGCCCACAUUUCCUCCAUCCUACCACGUGCCAGCAGCCUGCUUUACCCGUGCACCAUCUCUCAGGCAGAGCCCAGCAUGGGCAAUUAGCCACCUAUCUCUGGGACCUCCCCACCCAUCUACUGCCUACCUGCUGUGUGACCGAGCAAAUUCACUACCCUCUCUGGUCUCUGCGUUUACUUUCUGUAAAGGUGGCUCAUCAGGUGACCGAGAGGGUGCAGGGCACAGUGACGGAUGUGCUUUGGAGCAGUCGGCUAUUGCUGCAUAACACAGCAUCCCAAAACUUAGUGGUUUACAGCCCCAGUAAUUAACCGACUCAUGAUUCUGCACUUUGGGCUGGGCUCAGCUGGGUGGUUCUGCUGCUGUCCCUGGGGCCCACCCAUGUGGUGCUCAUGGGAGCUCAGCUGCAGCUGCAUAGUCAGGGGGUCCCUUGGCCAGGACUGUUGGCAGCAGGGGUCAGAUUUUCCUCGUGGCCUCUCCAGCAGGCCAGCCCGGGUUUCUCCUGGUGGCUGGGAGCCAGGAGAGCGGCUCCCAUGCAGAGUGCCGGUUUCACAUUUGUGGGUGGCCCAUCCGUUGAGGCCAGUCACGUGGCCAGGCCCAGGACCAGAUGGGAGAGGACCGCACAAGUGCAGCGUGAGCUGUGGGAGGUGUGGCUGACCACGCUUAGAGAGUGUGGUGCCAGGAAAGAUCUGAUGUGUCACCAUUCUAUAUCUGUGAUGGGCAGACGUAGGCAGGUCAAAGGGGCCCUGGGGACUUACCGAGCCCCUGCCUAUUGGCCAGGCACUGUGAUUGUCCUCGGUGCCAUGGAAGCCCUCUCAGAGGUCGAGGGGAGGCAGAUGGAGACAGAGCCUCUGUAGGCCUUUCAAGCUGUAGCCCCAGAGCCCAGAGGCAGCCGAAUUCAUGUGUGCAGUCAGAGAGCACUUAGUGGGCACUGUAGUCAAUCAGUGAGCGCUUACUGGACACCACAGGCAACAAGCAUUUACUGAGUACCUCUGGCAGUUGAUGCACACUUCCUGAGUACCUGUUCAUAGCAGGCUUAGCUCUGGAUGUGGGGUGGUGAGGAAUCCCACAGGCUGAGGGGUGGCCUGGGAGCUUUCCAGGGGGCCUGAAGCAGGAGGGGCUGCCUGAGUGGGUCAGCAGUCCAGCCCAGUGCCCUACGCAGCCCUGCCCACACCCCCAACCCAGCCUCUGUCUCCCCAGUCCCAUCCCCCACACCCUGGUCCCUCCUACUUUGUGCCUCGAGGACACUGCCCCGCUGCCCUCCUCACUUCCCAGCGUCUGCUGUCCCUUCCACUGCUGCUGCCCGGCAGGAUUGCUCUGUGUCUCAUCCACGUUUGUCCCUGCAGAGUCCCUCGCCUCUCCCCAGAACCGCCAGCCUCAUGCCGCAUCUCAGGGCCUUUUUUUUUCUCUCUUUUUUUUUUUUUUUUUUUGAGAUGGAGUCUCGCUCUGUCACCCAGGCUGGAGUGCGGUGGCGCGAUCUCGGUUCAGUGUAACCUCUGCCUGUAAGGUUCAAGCGAUUAUCCCGCUUCAGCCUCCCGAGUAUGUGGGACUACAGGUGCCUGCCACCUCGCCUGGCUAAUUUUUGUAUUUUUAGUAGAGAUGGAAUUUCAGCAUGUUGGUCAGUCAGGUCUCGAACUCCCGACCUCAGGUGAUCUGCCCGCCUCAGCCUCCCAAAGUCCUGGGAUUAUAGGCAUGAGCCACUGCGCCCGGCCUCAGAGGCUUUCAUUCCCACUUUUCCCCCAAAACUGCGCCUCUUGGGGUCAUCAGUGACCUUCGCAGGGUCAAGUUAUCCCCCUCUCCUGUCCCAGGACUUUAAGCACUGCCCUGUUUUACAGAAGAGGAAACUGAGGCCCCGAGAGGUAAGGCAGCCAGCUCAGGGUCAUCACCCAUGCCCAGAAAUGCCAGGAUUCCCACCCGGACCUCUGACCACCAAGCUCCACCUUAGUCUGGCCCAGGGUCAUCCCACAGGUGCUGCCUCAUGCCUUGGGUCUGCUUCUCAGACCACCCUGACCCUUGCCCCCGCUCCCCAGCCUGACUGAAGCUGGGCCAGGCAGAAACUGAAGACUGAACGAGUGUGGCCAGCAUUCUUCCUGCACCUGCCUGGAACCUCCAGGCCCAGCCGUCAAUGUUCCCAGAAGUGGCUUUGCUGCUCCUGGACUCUCACUGGCCCCCCAUCGACCCUUGGACCAAUAACUGCCAUCAAAAUAAUCCUGAUUAUGCACCUAUCAAGUCCCUGGCCCUGGGCUAAAGUCUUCACAGGGGUCAUCUCAUUUCAUCCUCAGCCCCAAAAGGCAGGUCUCACCCCCAAAUACAUAUGGACAAAAAGAGACUCUGCCGGGUGUGAUGGCGGGCACCUGUAAUCCCAGCUACUCAGGAGGUUGAGGCAUGAGAAUCGCUUGAACCCAGGAGGCAGAGGUUCCAGUGAGCCAAGAAGCCAAGAUGGCGCCACUGCACUCCAGCCUGCGCGACAGAGCGAGACUUCGCACCUGCCGCCCCCCCACCAAAAAAAAAGGGCACAGUCAGAGAAAAGCAGAGCCCGGCCUGGUUUGGUCCCAGCCCUGCCUGCCUCUGAUGUGCUGUGUGACAUAGGCCUGGUGCUGGCCCUCUCUGGGUCUCCCUUUCCUUUCUUUCUUCCUUUCUUUUUUUUCUUUCUUUCCUUCCUUCCUUCCUUCCUUCUUUCCUUCCUUCCUUCCUUCCUUCCUUCCUUCCUUCCUUCCUUCCUUCCUCCCUUCUUUCUUUCUUUCUUUCUUUCGACAGGAUCUGGCUGUCAUCCAGGCUGGAGUGCAGUGGCACGAUCUCUGCUCACUGCAACCUCUGCCUCCUGGGCUCAAGUGAUCCUCCUGUCUCAGCCUCCCAAGUAGCUGGGACUACAGGCACACACCACUACCCCCAGCUAAUUUUUUGUAUUU